AUGCGCGACGGCCCUGUUCCCGCUUCCUCCGCCUCCCCUGGCUUCCGCCGUCCGCGGAGCCGCCGCCACCGCUGCCGAGGAGUCAGGAAGUUCAAGAUGGCCGCCGCGGAGGCGCCGUCGCUGCGGGAACAGCCGGACUGGAUGUCAGGAGGAGGAUCACCUGCUUCUGGUGACCCUGGGGCCUCAGCCUUGAGGAUGUGGCUGGUCAGGGUCAGCAGCAGACAGCGUCCUUGGAUGGAAGAUGCUAAUUCUGAAAAGAGUGUUAAUGAAGAAAAUGGAGAAGUAUCAGAAGACCAGUCUCAAAAUAAGCACAGUCGUCACAAGAAAAAGAAACAUAAACACAGAAGUAAGCAUAAGAAACAUAAACAUUCUUCAGAAGAAGACAAGGAUAAGAAGCAUAAACAUAAGCAUAAGCACAAGAAGCACAAACGGAAAGAGGCCGCUGAUGCUUCUGACAGAGAAGGCGUGUCUCCAGCAAAAAGAACUAAGCUUGACGAUUUAGCUCUCCUGGAAGACCUGGAGAAGCAGAGAGCCUUGAUUAAAGCUGAGCUCGAUAAUGAGCUCAUGGAAGGAAAGGUCCAGUCUGGGAUGGGGCUCAUAUUACAAGGUUAUGAGUCCGGCUCUGAAGAAGAGGGGGAGAUUCAUGAAAAGGCAAGAAAUGGAAAUAGGUCGAGCACUAGAUCUUCAAGUACGAAGGGGAAACUUGAACUUGUGGACAAUAAAAAUAGUACAAGAAAGCGGAGUAAAAGCAGAUCCAAAGAACGGACUAGACAUAGGUCUGAUAAAAAGAAAAGUAAGGGAGGUGUUGAAAUCGUUAAAGAGAAGGCGACAAGGAGUAAGUCAAAGGAGAGGAAAAAGUCAAAAAGCCCCUCCAAAAGAAGUAAGUCUCAAGAUGAAGCCAGAAAGUCCAAGUCGCCCACCCUCAGACGGCGCUCUCAAGAGAAAGUUGGGAAGGCCAGAUCUCCUGUCGAUGACAAGGUUAAAGUCGAAGAUAAAACUAAGUCAAAGGAUAGGAAAAAAUCCCCUGUUACAAAUGAAAGUAGAAGUCGUGAUCGAGGCAAGAAAUCUAGAUCCCCAGUCGACUUGAGAGGCAAAUCCAAAGACAGACGGUCGCGGUCCAAAGAGAGGAAAUCGAGACGGUCUGAAGCCGAUAAAGAGAAGAAGCCGGUCAAGUCUCCCUCUAAAGAUGCUUCCUCUGGGAAAGAAAACAGGUCACCCAGUAGAAGACCUGGUCGCAGUCCCAAAAGAAGAAGUUUGUCUCCGAAACAGCGUGAUAAGUCCAGGAGAAGUCGAUCCCCACUCUUGAAUGACAGGAGGUCUAAACAGAGCAAGUCACCUUCUCGAACCCUGUCGCCUGGCAGGAGAGCCAAGAGCCGGUCUUUGGAAAGAAAACGCAGGGAGCCUGAAAGGAGACGCCUCUCUUCUCCAAGAACACGACCUCGAGAUGACAUCCUCAGCAGGCGGGAAAGGUCCAAGGAUGCCAGCCCGAUCAGUAGGUGGUCUCCAGCCCGCAGACGGGCCAGUAGAUCUCCUGUUAGGAGGAGGUCCCGUUCCCCUCUCAGACGGAGCCGGUCUCCCAGAAGAAGAAGCAGGUCUCCUCGGAGAAGGGACAGAGGUCGGAGGAGCAGAUCACGCCUGAGAAGGCGGUCUCGAUCACGGGGUGGUCGUAGACGUAGGAGCAGAAGCAAAGUAAAGGAAGACAAAUUUAAAGGAAGUCUUUCUGAAGGAAUGAAGGUUGAGCAGGAAUCUUCAUCUGAUGACAACCUUGAAGACUUCGAUGUUGAGGAGGAAGAUGAAGAAGCCUUGAUAGAACAGAGAAGAAUACAAAGACAGGCCAUCGUUCAGAAAUACAAGUACCUUGCUGACGACAGCAACCUGUCGGUGCCGUCCGAGCCCAGCAGCCCGCAGAGCAGCUCCCGCUCCCGCUCCCCGUCUCCCGACGACAUCCUGGAGCGCGUGGCUGCCGACGUCAAGGAGUACGAGCGCGAGAACGUCGACACGUUUGAGGCCUCGGUCAAAGCCAAGCACAAUCUGAUGGCCGUCGAGCAGAAUAACGGCUCAUCUCAGAAGAAGCUGUUGGCACCUGAUAUGUUUACAGAAUCUGAUGAUAUGUUUGCUGCCUAUUUUGAUAGUGCGCGUCUGCGGGCUGCUGGCAUUGGAAAAGAUUUCAAAGAAAAUCCCAACCUCAGGGAUAACUGGACUGAUGCUGAAGGCUAUUACCGUGUGAACAUAGGUGAAGUUUUGGAUAAGCGUUACAACGUGUAUGGCUACACGGGUCAAGGUGUGUUCAGUAACGUGGUCCGAGCCAGGGAUAACGCGAGGGCCAACCAGGAGGUGGCCGUGAAGAUCAUCAGAAACAACGAGCUCAUGCAAAAAACUGGCCUAAAAGAAUUAGAAUUCUUGAAAAAACUUAAUGAUGCUGAUCCUGAUGACAAGUUCCAUUGCUUGCGACUCUUCAGACAUUUUUAUCACAAACAGCAUCUGUGUCUGGUGUUUGAGCCUCUAAGUAUGAAUUUACGAGAGGUGUUAAAAAAAUACGGUAAGGAUGUUGGCCUUCAUAUUAAGGCUGUCCGAUCCUAUAGUCAGCAGUUGUUCUUGGCUCUGAAACUCCUUAAAAGAUGCAAUAUCCUCCAUGCAGAUAUCAAGCCAGACAAUAUCCUGGUUAAUGAAUCAAAAACUAUAUUAAAGCUCUGCGACUUUGGGUCAGCCUCACAUGUUGCGGAUAAUGACAUAACGCCUUACCUUGUCAGUAGAUUUUACCGCGCUCCUGAGAUCAUUAUAGGUAAAAGCUAUGACUAUGGUAUAGAUAUGUGGUCUGUAGGUUGCACCUUAUAUGAACUCUAUACUGGAAAAAUUUUAUUUCCCGGCAAAACCAAUAACCAUAUGUUGAAGCUCGCCAUGGAUCUCAAAGGAAAGAUGCCAAAUAAGAUGAUUCGGAAAGGCGUAUUUAAAGACCAACAUUUUGAUCAAAACCUCAACUUCAUGUACAUAGAAGUUGAUAAAGUGACCGAGAGGGAGAAAGUUACUGUCAUGAGCACCAUUAAUCCAACUAAGGACCUGUUGGCUGACUUGAUUGGGUGCCAGCGACUUCCUGAAGACCAACGUAAAAAAGUACACCAGCUGAAGGACUUGUUGGACCAGAUCCUAAUGUUGGACCCAGCUAAACGGAUUAGCAUCAACCAGGCCCUGCAGCAUGCCUUCAUCCAGGAGAAGAUUUAACUGAGAUGAAGACGCUCCGAGGGUUUGAGUAAUUAGAUGCAAAGACUGAAGAAACCUCACAGCAGUUUGUUAAUGUAUAUAAGCUGAUAAGUAUUUCUCCAGCAGAUUUGAGGAAGCAUGAUAUAUUUGAAUUAACACCAAGGGUGAUAUUUCUUUUAGAAAUGUUAGUUACUCUGUUUUGUGUCUUGUGUGAAAUCUCACUGUAGAACUGUUUUAAUCGCCAAGACUGCACAGAAUUCCAGUGCUAAUGUAAAUGGUUGCAGUUCACAUAAAAGACAGAAGCAUCUGCUAUAAAAUGAGUAGUGAGAUGGGUGGUUGAUUUAUUUUAGCAAACUUGGCUUCAUUUUGGUCCUCAGAUAAAAAGGCCAGCAUAAAUGCUGUUUAUAUUCACGUUUCCCUAGGUGUGUGUGUGCAGGCCACAGCGGCAUGCCCUGGGUGUAGUCAGUGCCGAAGGGGCCUGUUCCUUCUUGAGCCUGCCUGCAGGGACGGCCUCCUCUUUUAAAGCAGGUUGUGUACAGCAUUCAGUACACUGAAGGUAAGCUGAACCAUCAACAUCACCGGUGUGUAAGAUGUUAUUUUCCUGGAAGAGUUGACAAAUGAGGGACGUUAGCGUUGUGGCAGAAUUCCCCGCAUGUGUGAGAGCUGCUCUUGUUUUAUUUUUUGGCAUCACAGCUGUGGAGUAGUUACAGUUUCCGUUCCAUUCAUCACAUUUGCGAUUUGAAGAGAAUGUGCUUGAUGGAUAGAGCGCCUUCAGUGUACUGUUUCUUAGUAACCCAUUUUUUUAAAUCAACUUGCUAUAGACUUUAUACACAUUUUGUUAAAUGCAGUUCCUAGUGACAGAAACAGUGCGUAGUUCCCUUUACUGAUAACAAAUGUUGAGGCCUGAUUCUGGAAGUCCUCAUAUUUAAAAGUUAGAUAGACAACGUAAUGAAAUUUUUAACUAUUUGUAUGUCAUUUUGAAAGUGUAUGCUUUACGGUAAAAAGUGUUUUGCAUUUGUUCACUGUUUUCAUUCUUUGUGAUCAUGUUGUCUUUCAAUACAGGCAUAAACCUUCCACUCUUGAACAAAGCAGCUGCUUUUUAAAAGCGGUAAUUGCUUCCUUACCUUUUAUUUCUUCUGUAAAGUGAACUUUCCUGUAAGGGUGUGGCUUACAGUGCUGUCCACUGCAUACCCAGUCGGCCUCACUUGCCGUGAAGUGGGGAUUGCUCUGCUGCACGCGGCGUGGGCCGUGCAGGCUUCUGUGUGUUCCCAGUAUGCAUUGCUAGGUAAUAAAGUCUUUUGUGAACAAGGCAUUGGCAGCCAUUUUUAACAGUUUUUGUCUUCAGUGCUGGUAAGUCAGGUAAACCACGUAGAAUGAAAAGCAACCUUGCGUUUCUUCCUUUAAUUCUUUACCUGAAGGAAUUACUCGUUAGAGGUGUAAGCUAACCAGAAAUGUGUAAUUUUAUUAAUAAUUAGGAGCCUAAUUGUUUCAUCAAAAAAUUCUAACAGUAUUGUCAGCUUUCAGUGUAGUGAGGUAGUUCCUGUAGGUCGUGGGGUAGAGUCCAGGAUUUAACUAAUAUUUCUGCUGUUUUCUCACUUUUCCUUCUGAUGGUGCGGAAAGAGAAAAGGAGACGGGGCACAGGCCACUCACCGCCUUCUCCAGGGUCUGAUUUGCUGAGACACCAGCUGCACCUUCUUAACAAGGUUAUUUCUGACAGCAUGUGUAGAUAAACAUUUAGCAACGGUUUAAAUCAAAAUCAUGUCAAUCAGUUUGGUUUUGCAACGCAAAGGAAUUAGUAACCUUUUUUAACAUGGUAGCAGAGAAUUUUCAGAAAUGUAAUCUUUUCUGGUUGGGUGGUAAAAUGAAUGCUUAUCUCCCUGAGGAGUGUGGAAAAUAAUCAGAUUUUUAGAGGUUAACAUAAUAUUUUAAAAUUGUAAAUGGGAUUUUUUUAUUCACCCAGGCACCUAAUUACAACAAGCAUGCACAUUUUGGUGCAUUCGAGAAUGGAAAAUCAGAGUAGCAGCAUCCUUCUGGUGGGUUUUGCUCCAUUUAAAGGCAUGAAAUGACCUGCAGCCAGGAAGGUGCAGAUGCUAUCCUAGGCCAGCUCUGACUGUGUGCCCCCCCUCCUUGUGGUGUAGCCGUGAACCGACGUGAACGCCAGGCGUGCUCGUCCUCAGGCGGUGAGGCCUUGUAAGCAAGGCUCACAGGUGCAGCUCUCCUGCCUGAACUAAGCAUAGCAGCUUCCCGCCACGUUAGCUCUGGCGGCCACUUACCUGCUGCACAGUGGAGCGUUUCCCGCUGAUUGUCACUCACAGUAGUUACAUUUGUAUGUUUCUGGUGAUUUUUCAUGGCUUCCUUUUGUAUACUUAUUUAAGUAAGUUAACCUCCACUAGAAACAGUUCAUCUUAUGCCUUCAAAACUGCUGCGCGUUCUUUAAAAAGCAAACGAAGUCGCUUGUUGCCUGUUCUUUGUGUUGUAGGUGCAGCUCAGUGGAAGAUGAUGGCUCCAGAAGACAUGAGCCAGGGCUCUGUCCCAUAGAGGUCUAAGAACAAAGAGCCUCCAUCUAACCUCUGUCUGGUGUUUCAGUUUCAGCAUGACGGUUGAGGGUGCAUCGCCCUUUGGUACUGAGAGUGGUGCUCCCGUGUUCAUUGUAAAGUGCUCACUCAUCACGCUUCCUGCCCCUGCCCCUUCCCUCCCCCGGAGUGCAGAGAGGAGUCAGACCCAGCAGUGUUAGCCGUGUGGUCGGGGAGAUCCCGCGUAGCGCAUAGCUGUCAGAAUCGGUCCCGGCGGACUACUAGAAAAACCACAGCCACCAAGAGCAUCCAUCCCGAGGCAGUUUUCCGCCACAGGGGUCGUGUCGUCUUGGCUGAUCGAUGCCCAGGGAUAGGAACAAGCCCUCAGCGCUGGCUCAGCUCCCGGGGCGCCCACCUCUGCGGCUCACCCCUGCGGGGUCUGCCCAGCCAGUGGUGUCGUGGUCUUAGAAUAGGCCACGUGCCGAGCACAGCCGUGGUCCUGAGGGGAGUGAGGGGGCGCCCCCUAGGUCUCCGGGGCUGCGGACUCAGCACGGCUCCGUUUGCCUCCGUGAGCGGUCUUGAUUCUCGCGCACGGAGUGGUAUUGGAGCCCGUGGUCUCUGAGGCAGAGACCUGGAGCUCUGUGAGCCUGCAGGGUGGGGCCAGGUGGCGGGCGGUCCCCAGCAGGUGGGCGUGCCCAGCGGGCAGGCGGUCCCCAGCAGGUGGGCGUGCCCAGCGGGCAGGCGGUCCCCAGCAGGCGGGCAGUGCCUAGGCCGGCCACUCUGCCAUUUCUCUCAGGAAGGUUUUGCUUUAUUUCACUUUGUGGCAAAAAUGGCAUCAAGUGAUUGUGAGACUUGAGGGUCUGUAAGUCCUAGAACGUGACCCACAGAGCGUAGUUUUCUUUGUAGUUGGAGUGGUUGAGCCUACACAUCUUAGGAUCAUUCUUCGGGUAGACCUGUUGUCCUCCAAGGUUAAAUAAACCUUAAGACCCUCCCAGCAUGAGUUCACCCUCCGUUCUUAUUAAUAGCACCCUACUCCUUUAUUCCCCAGUGCCUGUUUCAUUACACUCUUUUUGUGUUUAAAAACCACUUUCUUUAAUCACUGUAACUACCACCUCCUUUCCCUAAGACAUACUCGGGACAUGUCUUUGGUAUGUGGUGGAGGCAGUGAGACAUGACUUGUAGUCCUCGGGUGCACGCCGCCGCCUCUCCACCUGUAGUUUAUCGUGGUUUCAUAGUGGAACUCUUGCUAGCUGGGGAGAAAGAGAAUCUCUGCAACAGGAAUCCCAUGUCUUCAGAUGCAGGCCAAGCAGUUAAGGAAUUCCCUUCUAAAUACUGAGAUAGGAAAGAAGCCAGAUGGCCAACGUACAGUCACUUUGUUAGUUAGGGCAGCGUUAGAAAUUGAGCUUCCUAAAGUGUUUUCUUUUUCAUAGCAUAUUAGUUCAGAUGUGAAUUUUUAUAAAGUGUUCACUACAAAUUCAUUUGUUUUUUAUGUCAAUUAAUGUGCACCAAAUUGAGUUUUAAAAUGCUUUCCAGUUACUUUGAUAGAGUUCAUCAUCGUGGCAUCUUUUUCUUCUUCCACGUGUAGGGUAAGGGACUGUUCUUCUGAAGAAUCUUUCCAUUUAGUGAUCAAGAUACGGAAGCUGACCUCUGAAAAUACUCAAUAUGUAUCCUAAUUAUUCCCAGUGUCCUUUGAGUUGUAACUUGCAUUUCAGCAGCAAUGUUCCUAAUUGACCUACUAGGAAAAUGUAAUAAACACGCCU